UCUCGCUGUUUUUGUUUACUUUCUAAACGUUUAAAAUUUUAGCAUUUUCACAAGAAUUUCGAUUUUUUGGUGAUAAUUCUAAAAUAUUAAUUUUUUAUUGAAGGAAAAAGGCCGUCCACCACCAUGUGGGACGAUUCGGAACACAAGUCCACCCCGUUUAUGUGGAACAAGAAGUUGGAGAAGCAAGGUCUGAAAAAUCUAUCUAGGAAAGAGCUGGAAUUGCUGAAUCGAAAAAAGCAGCAGGAAAAUGUUAUCGAGCUGGAAAAGCUCAAGAAACGUCGGAUGGAACGGGAACAUCAGCGGCAACAACGAGAGGACGAUAUGUACCUGAUGCAGCGCUCCAAGGAGGUGGCCCAGUUCGAGGAAUGGCAAAGGCAGGAGGAAAAGUUCCAUCUGGAACAGGCGAAGCUACGGAGCAAGAUCCGGAUACAGGAUGGGCGAGCUAAGCCCAUCGAUUUGCUUGCGCAGUAUAUUUCCGAACAGAACCUGGAGGAAUCGAUCGAAAUGCAGAUGCACGAACCGUACCAUUAUUUGAACGGGUUGGCCUUGGACGAUCUGGAGGAUUUGCUGGCGGAUAUUAAUGUGUACAACGACUUGGAAAAAUGUCAAAAUGCGGACUACUGGAGUGAUUUAACCAUUAUCGUGGAAGCCGAGUUGCAAAAACUCAAGAAAAUUGAGGCAGAAAAGCAGCGGAUGGCAACGGGUCGACGGGAGGGAAUUCAUCAGAGUGUAGCGAAAGAUGUUACGCAAAUUUUCAAGGGAAAAAGUUCGUCCCAGCUGGAAGAACUGAAGAGAAAGAUCGAAGAAAAAAUUAACAGCCAACAGGAUGGAUUGGACAUUGGCUAUUGGGAGAGUUUGCUGUCUCAAUUGAAGGCUCACAUGGCCAGGGCGAGGUUGCGGGAUCGCCAUCAGGAAAAUUUGCGCAGCAAGUUGGAGCUACUGAAAAAGGAACAGGAAAUGAGCGUUAAGAAGGAGGAAGAUUUUGAUCCAGAGGCAGGGCCAAGUGGCGCUGGGCCAUCUGGUAGCACAAAGAUGGAACCGAUUGAUGAAACUUCCAGGGACAGUAGCAGUCAAUCUGGUGCCGAACAGGUCCAGGAAGAGGAAAAUUUCGAAGAUGAAGUCUUGAAUGAAUGUUUCGAACUCUAUAAGAAGGGAAGUUACGAGCCAAAAUAUAUUUCGGAUAAAGAUUUAGAACCCGGAGUUGAAAUCGUCUCCGAAGAGAAGGACGAAGAAGUACUCGAUUUGCUUCGGCAAAAGGUUCUUGGCAUUAACUGCGAUGACGAUACUUUCUCGAAGGAAGAAAUCAUUCUUCGCAAGGAAGCAAAACGGGGCAUGAAUAACGACGAGGCGGAAUUUUCCGUUGAAUCACGUGUCGAUUCGCAAGUCUACCUGUGGUCUGAUAAAUAUCGACCCAGAAAGCCACGCUACUUCAAUCGAGUUCACACUGGUUUUGAAUGGAACAAAUACAAUCAGACUCACUACGAUAUGGACAAUCCCCCGCCGAAAAUCGUUCAGGGUUACAAGUUCAACAUUUUCUAUCCGGAUUUGAUCAACAAAAACACUACGCCACAGUACUUCCUAACGCCCUGUGCCGACAAUCCGGACUUUGCGACUUUACGCUUCCACGCUGGACCACCGUACGAGGAUAUUGCGUUUAAAAUCGUCAACCGAGAGUGGGAGUUCAGUUACAAACGGGGAUUCCGUUGCCAGUUUCAUAACAACAUAUUUCAGCUUUGGUUCCAUUUCAAGCGAUAUCGAUACAGACGUUAAACAACGCCGUUUUGCAUUAUUCAAUAUACUGGUUUUUUGACUUAUCAUUUAUGUGUAUGAUUAAGUAGGUAAAGUUGACUUCUGGUCUAACAUUUUUUGCUUUUUCGGAUAAAAAUAGUAUCGAAUGAAAGAAUAUAAAUAUAU